AUGUCGCAAAUCGCCCAGAAUCAGGCCGGCGGUUCGAAGAAAGACGAUCCCACUGCCAAUUGGAGUCCGGAAGAAAUGUUCGAGACCACCAUGGACCGCGACGGCAACCCUGUGCCUGAUCCCAUCUCCUACGUUGACGGUGACAAGAUGGGCAAGGCGUCUAAAGGCGGCCGCAGUCAAGGCCAGGACGAAGGAGACAUGUUUGCUGCGGCCAACGAUGACUUCGACUAA